AAAGCAGUGAGGUCACUUUCCUGCCCCACCUUCUCCCCUUCCUGGUACGAAGCUUCCCUUUUGCACCGCCAGCCCUCCCUCCCCCUUCCCAUCAUUUCCUUCUGCUGGGGACGGCAGGAGCCCUGAACGUGGACGGUUUGCAAAGGCAGUGGAAGCAACAGGUGCCGCGUGCCAGGAGUCAAAAUGGAGGAGUGGGCCUCGCCAGGACCCAAGGGCAUGCCAGGGAAAGAACUUCGCAUUGUCCAAGUUGGGACGAGCGCGGAAUCGAUUCCACCUCGGGUUAAGGAAGAACCAGAGGAUCGGGUGCAGGAGUUCUGGGAAGCCAGGAAGCAGGAAUUCCUGAAGACGGCCGCACCGUCCUCGUAUCCCGGGUGGGGAGAUGCACAAUUGCUUCGGCCCCCGACGGAGGAGAGCUCUGCAGGGACAAAGGCCUCCUUCGAAGGGGCGUCAGACACAAAGCAGUGGUCCAGAGAAGAGAGUGCGGAUCUGGCCCUGCUAGGCCUGAGCGGCAAGGAGGUCCACGAGGCUCAGGAAAACGCAGACGCCUCUGUGGGAGUGAAGGAGGAGAUCCCGGACACAGACGCCCUCAACAUGGAGAUGCGCUGCCAGCGCUUCCGGCAUUUCGGUUACCGGGAGGCCGAGGGUCCCCGCAAGGUCUUCUGCCAGCUCUGGGAGCUCUGCCGCCAGUGGCUGAAGCCGGAGAGACACACCAAGGAGCAGAUCCUGGAGCUGGUGAUCCUGGAGCAGUUCCUGAUGAUCCUGCCCCUGGAGAUGCAGUGCUGGGUUCGAGAGAGGGGGCCGGAGACCGGCAACCAGGCUGUGGCCCUGGCAGAGGAUUUCCUGUGGAGGCCGCAAAGGAUGGAGCAGAAGACAGUGGAGGAUUUGGACAGUUCUGCUGCCGGUUCCCCCAAGUCGGAGCUGGAUCCGUCGGACAUUGUGAAGAUUGAGCUGCCCAUGGAUGGUGAUGGAGUCAGUGACCAGCAGCAAUAUAUCCUUGGGGGAGCGGCCGGCUUGGAGGAGGGGAUGUACGGCCACGUGAGGAAGAAGGUGGUCUUGGGCCCCCGUCCGAAGACCCCGAAGGCACCGCCCAAGGAGAAGCCCCACAAGUGCCAGUACUGCGGGAAGAUCUCCGACUGCCGCGCCCACCUGAUCAUCCACGAGCGGACGCACACGGGCGAGAAGCCGCACAAGUGCUCGGCCUGCGGCAAGUGCUUCACGCGGAAGGAGUCUCUCAUCAUCCACGAGCGCUUCCACACGGGCGAGAAGCCGUACAAGUGCUCGGCCUGCGGCAAGACCUUCAGCGACAAGAUCGGGCGGCUGAUCCACGAGCGGACCCACACGGGCGAGCGGCCCUACAAGUGCCCCGAGUGCGGGAAGAGCUUCGGCACGCGCUGCAACCUCCUGCGCCACCGGAGGGUGCACACGGGGGAGAAGCCAUACCGGUGCGCCGAGUGCGGCCAGAGCUUCCGCUACCGGCCGCAGCUAGUGAUCCACGAGGGCAGCCACAAGGGGGAGAAGCCCUACAAGUGCCCCGAGUGCGGGGAGAGCUUCAGCCAGACGCGGCACCUGGUCAUCCACAAGUGGACCCACACGGGGGAGAGGCCCCACAAGUGCGCCGUCUGCGACAAGAACUUCAACCAGAAAUCGGACCUGGUCACGCACACCCGGACCCACACGGGCGAGAAGCCGUACGCCUGCUCCGAGUGCGGGAAGAGCUUCAUCUCCAGCUGCCAGCUGAGGAAGCACGAGCGGAUCCACACGGGCGAGAAGCCCUACCAGUGCACCGAGUGCGGGAAGCGCUUCACCUACAGCUCGCACCUGACGACGCACAAGCGCACCCACACUGGGGAGAAGCCCUACCAGUGCGCCGACUGCGGCAAGUGCUUCAUCUCCAGCUCGCACUUCACCGCCCACAAGCGCACCCACACGGGUGAGAAGCCCUUCCGCUGCGCGCACUGCGGGAACGGCUACAUCCAGAGGUCGCAGCUGGCCAAGCACGAGAGGUCCCACACGGGUGAGAAGCCCUACGCCUGCUCCGAGUGUGGGCAGAACUUCCGCUGGAGCCAAGGCCUCAAGAAACACAUGCGGACGCACACAGGAGAGAAGCCCUACCAGUGCCCCAGGUGCGAGAAAACCUUCUCCAGCUCCUCCAACCUCUCCCGGCACCAGAAGAUCCAUGCCAGGGAGAAGCCGUAGUGGUGGGA